GGGGACUUAGAGUCGAAAUAUAACAUGUACAAUUGUGCAUACCCGUCAAAAGAUACCUGGAUGCUUACAGCUCUGUUUACCCACUUCAAUCAAAACCACGAGUCGGGAUGCGAGGCUGAUAUGCUGGAGGGCGCGGAGGUGGGACGGCACUCGCCGCCCCGGCCGCAGCAAGAGCCCAUCAACCUCAAGAAUGAGGCGGAGUCAGACCGGGAGAGCGGCGCGAGCUCGCCGGAGGGGGGCGCGGCGCGUGCGCAGCUAGCUGAGCCACGCACGCCCUCGCCGCGCGCGCGCACCCCGCACCAGCAGCCACAUCUGAAUGGCUCCAUGGCGUCGAUGUUCCAAAACCUGCAAAACCUGGCGAAUAUGCAACAGAACAUGCCACCUAUGUCGCAACAGCUACAGCAACAGAUGUCACAACAAAUGUCUCAACUUGCUGCCAACCUUCAAGGCUUAUCGUCCAUGCCCUCCAACCCUGUUAUCAAUUCGCCUUUGAAUUUGAGCGUUAGCGCACCUGGUAUGGGAUCACCAAAUCCCGUGGCAAACAACAAUAUGCUACCGCCUGCGAUGCCGUCCCCAAUGCCGCAGCUUAUUCUUGCCUCCGGUCAGCUGGUGCAGGGAAUCCAAGGAGCCCAGCUGCUCAUACCGACCUCACAAGGCAUUGCGACUCAGACGAUCCUAACAAUACCAGUCAACCACGUGAACUCGAACGACCAAAUGGUGAACCUGGCUCUAAACAACGGCCAAGUAGUGUCCACGUCACUCGCCAACCUCCAAGCUAUGGCCCAACCUCACCAGCUGUUGAACUCCAACCCCCAACAGACGCCCAACAUUCGGCCAAACAUGCUGAACCCAACAUUAUCGAACGCGCUGCUAAACCCUGGACUGCCAAACUUCUUGUCUAAUGGCGCGGCCAAUGCCCAAGAACUGCUUCAGGCGUUGCAACAGCAGCAGCAACAGCAACAACAGCCUCAAGGAAACCAUAACCUUCUACAAACGGUUCAGCAGAACAGUAUGCCACAGCAAAUGCAAGGCAGGCGAUCUUCGUCUCCUCGUCCUGACAGACACUAUAAAGAGAGAGAAAACUUCGCUGAUAGAUUCGGAGGGGGAUCUAGAGAAAGGAACGACAGAGAAAACUCCGGAUCGGCAGCCAUGAACAGCAUCAACAGGCUGGCUGCGUCGAACGGUGAGAUAACGAUCACUACGUCACACAACGCCAACGCGGGACCGGCCAGCAGUGCAGGUAGUGCCGGAUCCGGGCCGAUUCCGUCACCGCAUGCACCCGUGAAGAUGUCUCCCGGAUCUGUGAAGUCCCCGUCGCAGGAUGACAGCGAUCUCCUUGCUGAUUCGCCAAAUCAACCAACAAUCAGCCAGUCAUCGAGCAACGUAGUAGACGGUAUCAACUUGGAAGACAUCAAGGAAUUCGCUAAGGCCUUCAAACUUCGACGGCUUGGCCUAGGCCUCACUCAGACCCAAGUCGGACAGGCCUUGUCCGUCACCGAAGGGCCUGCCUACAGUCAAAGCGCAAUUUGCAGUGCCCUGGCUUCGCAGAUGCUAGCAGCUCAGCUGUCUUCACAACAACAAAACAUAUUUGAGAAAUUGGAUAUAACACCAAAAAGUGCGCAGAAAAUCAAACCGGUGCUCGAACGUUGGAUGAAGGAAGCCGAAGAGAGGUAUGCUUCUGGACAGAAUCAUCUGACGGACUUUAUAGGGAUGGAGCCAAGCAAGAAAAGAAAACGGCGAACCUCAUUCACUCCUCAGGCUCUGGAACUACUUAACGCACAUUUCGAAAGAAACACGCAUCCCUCUGGCACUGAAAUCACUGGACUGGCACAUCAGCUCGGCUAUGAACGCGAGGUCAUCAGAAUAUGGUUCUGCAACAAACGACAAGCCCUAAAGAACACCGUCAGAAUGAUGUCCAAAGGCAUGGUGUAA